AUGGCUUCACUCCAGUAUAAAAGACCCUUCCAAAACCUGAUCUGGGACUAUGUAAAAUUGAAGUUAGCCAGGACUCCAACCUGUCUUCGUGUCAUCCAUCGCGUAAUGACUUCGACCACUGCAACAACAACAAGAACUACGGUUGCGACCGCCGAAUUCGAAAACGGCCUGUUUGGUUUGAGCAGAAAGAGGCUAGCAUUUGAAAUCUGUGAGGAUCAGGAUCAAGAAUCUGAUAAUCGUGAUGCUAAGAAGCGGGCUCUCAAUGAUUGCGGACUACUUACGCCACCUUCUUCUCCCGUGAAACUCGGGCUAAAAAGCAGUCCUUCUGGAACAUCGGCAAAUUCGGUAUACUCAGGUACUAAAGCAGUCUUGCAACGAUGCUCCAAGAUUUCUCACACUGGCUUUGACGGAUGUCUUCCUACCAGAAAAACGCAAUUUGCACAAAUCAUGCAAUUUUUGACCAACUCAUUGAGUUCCGGACAUGGUGACUCUCUCUACGUUACAGGACCUCCAGGAACAGGUAAAACUGCGCAAGUGGACCUCCUUAUACGCGAAAAAUUUCUUACGCUUGUCUUGGAGCAGCCACGUUUACAGCACGAUCCUGAACUUCUCAAUACCUCUUUCUUUAAAACAGAUGAAAACAACUAUCAACCAGUGGCAGUUAUCUCCAUCAAUUGUAUCGCCAUCAACAGUGCAGAAUCUAUUUUCGCCAAGAUUUACCAUUCGUUUGCAAAACAACCGACGACUACGGUGCGCACUGCAGAUGAUUUGCAGCAGUUCAUGAAAAACCAUCCUAAAACCACAUUUGUUGUCAUUCUAGAUGAAAUGGAUAAACUUGUCACGUCAAGUUUGCAAAAUACCAACGCCACAAGACACAUAUUCGACCUUUUCUUGAUGGCCAAAUUACCACAUUUGAAGUUCGUUCUGAUAGGCAUAGCCAAUAGUCUCGAUAUAAAGGAUCGCUUUCUCUCCAGACUCAAUCUCAGGCAAGAGUUGGUACCCCAAACGGUAUCUUUUGCACCUUAUACCGCAGAACAGAUGUCUGAGAUUGUGAUGGAAAAACUCAAGACUUUGGAUAUGGAGCCUAUCAUACAACCAAUUGCCAUCAAGUUUGCUGCCAAAAAAUGUUCAGGUAACACUGGCGACCUCAGAAAGUUAUUUGACAUCCUUAGAUCUAGCGUUGAAAUUGUUGAGCUAAACUCUUUCAAACUGAGAAAUCCAACGGGCUCGAAAACCUCAGCUGCAAAGGUCACCCUAGCACAUGUGGCUAAGGUCUUCGCAACGCUUCACAACAAUUUUUCGACAAAGUCGCGCAUAACCAAGCUCAACAUGCAGCAACGGCUAGUGCUCUGUUCUUUAAUCCAUCGCGAAAAAUCCGACAUUUUUCAAACACAAACUUCGCUGGACGAGGCAUAUGAAUAUUACGCAAGACUAUUGCAUCAAAAAGACACUAUCUCUCCGUUGGAACGGAAUGAGUUUCUAGAAAUUUGCAACGCUCUCGAGACUUGUGGGGUGGUUAACAUUGUUCAAGGAAAAUCACAGGGUAAAACCAGACACAUCGUUAGAUUCAUCAGAUCCAAUGUUGAUAAGAAAGAGUUCACUGACGAGAUUAGCAAAAUGCAAUCACUCAAGACCUACUUGUGA